CUCCAUCUUCUUCCUUGAGUCAAAAAGCGCCCCCCAAAGCGGCCAAGCACCAAAACCUUCGCUCAUAAGUCAUACCAGAUCAAACCCCACGCGCGCACAACACAUACUCACCCGUGCGCCUCCGCAGCAGCUCAAUCCUCGCACACGCCUUGCCCCCCAUUACGCCCCACCCCAAAAUCUCGCCCGUCACCACCAUGAAUGGCUCCGCCGCGGCGGCCACCGCCGCCGCCGCCGCCGUCGCGCCUCCCUCUACGCGCCACCCAGGAAUCUCGUCAGACACCACCAUGGACGACUCCGCUGCCGCCGAAGAGCACCUUCCGAAGAGCAGUCCUGUACAAACAGUUUAUACAGAAGGAGAAGUUUCUGUCCUCAAGAAGGCAGUUUGCCUUAAGGCCUGCCGAGAAUUACACGCCAUCGGCGCCCUGACAGAUUCUCUGUUACCAGAACUAGGUGUUCCAUGGGAAGAAGAACCCGACAUUGUUGUUGAGAAAUACCAACACGAGCAGCCUGACUACUAUCCAGAAGAAUUUGUGGACAACUGGUUCUCGUUUUCCCGUCUUGGCAUAUAUUAUUGCUAUAAGAUUUCACUGGAAGGAUAUUUUAAAACAACCGCUUCUCCAACUGACAUACUUUUAGUGGUGAAAUGUGAUUUGGGACCUGACUUUGUAUCUAGCUCAUUUAAAUUGUGUGGUGCGCAAGACUAUGUCAAUGUUGCCAUUAAAUACGCAGGAAUAAUUCAUCUAAACCAAGAACAGGUAACUAUGGCUCGAAGAUUUCAGGCAACUGUUCUUUCUUUGCUUAUUAAUAAAGACCAGUCUGAAGGCAUCGAUGCUAUUAAAUACUUCCAUGAAAUGGAAGUGACCAUGGGAAUUGUAUACCUACUGCUACCCUUAGUUUCUGGUAAAGUUGAUUGGUGCAGUAUCAAGUUCUCCGCCUCCCAAGUAUAUGAAGCUAGCAACAAAGAUACAAAACACUGCCAUUCUUGUAAAGAGGUUGAUUUACUGCAGACAAAAGAUGGUCCUCUGUGCAGGUGUAUGCUUAAAAAUUCUAUUGUCUGUACCCCUCAUAAUAUGGAAUUGUAUGCUGUUACUGGGUUCCUUGAGUUAAAUGCCACAUCCCAACUGCAUCUACGUGAUGGGAGUGCCGUUACCUACAUAACCUAUUUCAAGACUAGGUAUGGUCUCGGCUUAACACAUAAAAAUCAGCCCUUAUUGGCUGCCAGUAAACUUGUUGAAGUACGCAACUUCCUCCACAAGCGCCAUUAUUAUGAAAAUAAAAAAGAAUCUUGCAAUUCAUAUGCUGUUGAGUUGCCACCUGAGCUCUGCAGAGUUCUGAUGUCACCCGUGUCUGCUAGUACUUUGUGCAGCUUCUCGAUUAUUCCUUCUGUGAUGUACCGCAUCCAGUGUAUACUUCUUUCUGCAAAGCUGAAGGUUCAGUUGGGCCCAAGAAUGCAACAGUUUGUCAUACCAGCUCUGAAGAUACUAGAAGCGAUAACAACAAAGGAAUGCCAAGAGGAAUUUUCGCAGGAAUCAUUAGAAACUCUUGGAGAUUCUUUCCUCAAGUAUGUCGCAACACAACAUCUUUAUAGCAAAUACAAGCUUCAUCAUGAGGGAACACUAACCAAGAUGAAGAAGAACUUGAUCUCCAAUGCAGCUCUAUGCCAGCUGGCCUGCAACUACAACCUUGUGGGCUACAUUCAAGGUGAAGAGUUCAAACCAAAAUGUUGGAUCAUUCCAGGUCUUGGUUACAACAUGAGUAGCAACAGCAAAAUUUUGUCUUCAAGCUCCAAUGGUAUGUACAGUUUGAGGAAGAUGUCUCUUAGAAGUAAGAGAAUAGCAGAUACAGUUGAGGCCUUAAUUGGAGCCUACCUCAGUGCUGUUGGUGAACAGGCAGCAUUUCUUUUCCUAAAAUCAUUAGGAAUGGAUAUAGAAUUUCACACUAAAAUUCCACCAGAGAGGACGAUUCUUAUAAAAUGUGAGGAGUUCAUCAAUGUCAGAAGCUUGGAAACAAUUAUUGGUUAUGAAUUCAAGGAUCCUUUAUUGUUGAUGGAGGCGCUGACACACGGGUCAUACCAGAUUGCUGGCACAACUGCAUGCUAUCAGAGGCUCGAGUUUCUGGGAGAUGCUGUAUUGGACCAUCUCUUCACUGUAUAUUUCUACAACCAGUACCCUGAAUGUACUCCGGCAUUGCUGACAGAUCUUAGAUCUGCUUCUGUGAACAACUACUGCUAUGCGCAUGCAGCUGUUAAAGCAGGAUUAAACAAGCACAUUCUCCAUUCUUCAUCAGAAUUGCACCGAAAGAUGGCUUGCUACCUUGAGAAGUUUGUGCAGUCAUUUACGGGUUCAUCACAUGGUUGGGAAGCUGGCAUUGGUCUACCUAAGGUUCUUGGGGAUGUUAUCGAGUCAAUAGCUGGUGCAAUAUAUAUUGACAGCAAGUAUGACAAAGAGGUGGUUUGGAAAAGCAUGAAACAACUGUUGGAGCCUCUUGCUACGCCAGAGACUGUUGAGUGUGACCCAGUGAAAGAGCUGCAGGAAUAUUGUGAUCGCAGAUCUUACAUUAAGUCUUACACAACAACCCACAAGGACAGAGUAUCAUCUGUGGUUGCAGAGGUUAAAGUUGAAGGGACUAUCUACUCAGCAACUCAAACUGGCCAUGAUAAGUCUGUGGCCAAGAAGUAUGCAGCGAAGUUGCUGCUAAAAGACCUCAAGGAGAAGGCGUGCCAAGGUUGUAUCAGUCAACCGUGACUAGCCUGUUGGUACACAAAUCAAAGUUUUUGUGGGAUCUUGGGACAGAGAUUUGGUGCAUAUGAGCACCAGUGAUCCCUUUUUAGAAAGGUAAUUAAAAAUCAUAUUUCUAAGUUUUAGCAAAAUCUGAAAAUAAAUCAUUGUGUAGUCAGUAUAUGUGGAUCUGAGUAUAGUGAUUCAAAUCUCCAAAAAGAAUCAGACUUUGUUAUUUUUGUGUAACUCAGAAAACAAAAUAUUUGUAAUUGAGAUAUUAUACGUUAGUGGAAUACAUCAUUAGCUACUUUUAGAA